GACUCAAAUCAACCAAUGGAUGCAACGAACGUCAAGCAUCUUACAGUACAGUAGCAUAAGACAAGAGGCACGAAAGUGAAUGAAGUUAUGGAGACUAUGGUGCAACCAUGGACAAAAGUCCCCUGUUGAAGACAUUGAUGAAUGCCGAAGCAGCGGCCAAUUCUGCAGCCAUACAGCUCAUGUCAUUCAAGGAGACACUGGAGGACGAUUUUGCUGACUCAAGACAGUCUGCUUCUGAUAACCGGCGGAUGUCAAGGCAGAGAGGCCUUCUGCUGGAGAAGAUGGAGGUUUUUAAACGGAUAAACAAGUCUGUUCGACUGCAACUCCAAGACCUGAAGGAUGCAGAGCAUUUGAAAGGAGAUUUGAAUGAUAAAGAAAAAAUGGCUGAAGAACUGAUGGGUUUGCGGAAGAAAGAAAUGGAGAACACAGAAUGCGGUCCAUGCCACCAAGUCUGUGGAGACACCUGCAGGGCCAGCUACGCAGCAGGGAGGCCGACAACAACCGUCUCACCGUACAGCUCCGGGGUUUGGAGACGCAGUUGACGGCACAGAAGCUGGAGAUAGAUGGUCUGAGGGGGGAGAUCUCUGGUGUUUCGGAGAAGGCAGAGCAGAAGCAAGAAGUCCUGAAGAAGGCCACCUGCGCCCAGAAACAGAGGGCCCAGAGGUUCGAAGCUGCUGUGGAUAAAUGCUACACGAAGCUGAGGGAAAAAGUAUGCAUGGGAUGUUCAGCUGGCUGAGGUUCAUUCAGAGAGGGACACAUGGAGGAGACAACAGGAGCAGAAGACAGAUGAGAGAAUACAGCUUGAUGCACAGAUAGGACUGCUAAAAGGCCAAAUAGCAGACAUUACUGUGAAGCUGCAGAAAGAGAGGGAUGAAUUUGCUGCUGCAAAUGAGGUCUUAUUGUUAAAAGUGGAAACUCAAUGCUGAAAACAGAAACAUUGGCCUUGAGAACGCAACCCUCAAGGCGUCCAUCGCUGAGCUGGAACUGCAGCUGGUCCAUUCUGAAGCAGCACUGAAAGAGGAGAGCACUAUCUUACAGGAGAGGAAAGACCAAGCAGAACAGGAUCAGAGUCAGGCAGGGAUCCCACAUCCCCCCAUAUCCAAGUUUCAAUACUUACUAAUCCUAUAAAAAUGCAUUGAGAGAUUCAUAGGAAAGGUAGAAGUUGUCUGUUAUUAUUGACCUGUUAUUGCACACCUCUCAGGUAGCAGAGCUUCAAAUGAAGGUGGAUGAUCUGAGAAUAAAGUUGGAGAGUGUUCUGAGGGAAACCGAGAACAUUAGAGAAGGAAGAGAGGCAGAAGUGGAGAAGGUGGAGAGCCAAGGGGAGAAGAUGAGAUCGUCAUUGGACACGAAAGAGUCUAUCCACGAGGCUAACUCACAGCUACAGCAGAAAGUGGAUGCUCUUCAAAAGCAGAAGGAAGAGCUGCAAGGGGAGAACCAGGGGCUGGUCCGUAGGCUGGCUGGUCAGGAGGAUGCUUUACACUAUAGCAGCAGGCACCUAGAACAGCACUCAGCAGACUGCCAUGCUCUCAACAGAGAACUGGAGGCCGCUCUGGCCGACGUCAGGCAACAGGUGUCCAAAGUGAAAGACAAAGCUGUUUCCAGAGAAAGUUCCUUUCAGACUAAAAUCCUGGAACUGGAGGGUGAGAAGAGCAUGAGAGAGAAUGAGCUGAAACAGAUUAAGCAAAGCAAUCAGUUGGCUGAGAAGAAGUUUGAGGUGCGUCUGAAGGACCUGCAGCUCAGCCUGAACCAAUCAGAGAGCCACAAGCAGAGCAUUCAGAACUACGUAGACUUCCUCAAGAACUCUUACUCCACCAUGUUUGAUGAAGGACUACCACCGGCAACAUCUAGCUUUGGAUCAUCCUACUUUUUAAAAUGAUAAUUACUCAGAUAUGUGUGUUUGUGGUGUGUUAUGUGUAACUUGUGUUGUUGUGGAAGUCAAAUGAGCCUUACUUAGGAAUGUUUUUAAUAAUGUGCGUGUUUUAGAAAACAAAUGAAUUUGCACGUUGAUUCAUGUUCGAUGAAGAAGUCCAUGUUUGUUUUUAUAUCGAUCAGUAACUACUUUUUUCCAUUAUACAGUGCCUUGCGAAAGUAUUCGGCCCCCUUGAACUUUGCGACCUUUUGCCACAUUUCAGGCUUCAAACAU